GGUUUUUAUAUAUGGGGGUGGGGGAUGUAAGAAGCUCUUCUUGCUCGUUGCUCUGCGUAGAGAAAUCGGGUGGCUGGUCAAAAGCUGUGUUGGGGUCGUGGAAUUUUUGAUACCGAAAGAAUUAGUGGUGCUUUGAUUUCUUUUGGUCGCUGCUUUUUCUCGUUUGGGUAGUGAUUUUGAUGUGUGAGGUGGGUGUGGUGGGGGUGGGAAGUUAACGAAGGCAGAGAACGUGAAGUGGCAGGGCGUGAUUUGAUUUCGUUACAGGCGUGCUUUAGUGUCGUCGUGUGCUGAAAAUCCAAUUUCUCUUUGUAGCGUUGUUCGCCAUUUAGUUUGAUAUAUGGGGUAGUUUUAUAGAGAAAAGAGCUGUGUGGCAUUGUUGGGCUUGCUUGGUUUCUGGUUUUUUAUCUGCCGGGUGAUCAGUUGCAGUGAGAAAAGAAAACAUAAAGGAAAAGCGAAAAAAAAGCACUUGGGAGAAAAAUGUCAGGUUACAGAGACAACAAUUUCAGGAGCUCCAUGACUAAUUUUCCGCCUGAUGGAGCUGGUAUGGGGACUGAGAGUGAUGAUGGAGGGCUAUAUGAGGAGCUGUGGCAUGCCUGUGCUGGUCCUCUUGUGACUGUACCUCGUGUUGGUGAAAGGGUUUAUUACUUUCCUCAGGGUCAUAUGGAACAGGUUGAAGCAUCGACAAAUCAGGGUGCCGAUCGUCAGAUGCCCCUGUACAAUUUGCCUUCCAAGAUCCUUUGCCGUGUCAUUAAUGUGCUAUUAAAGGCUGAGCCGGAGACAGAUGAAGUUUAUGCGCAAAUUACUUUGGUCCCAGAAAUAGAGCAGCAUGAGGCUUCUAGCGAGGCGAGCCCGCCCAAUCCACCUCCAAAGAGGAAUGUGCAUUCGUUUUGCAAGACGCUUACUGCCUCCGAUACUAGCACUCACGGAGGCUUCUCGGUUCUCAGAAGGCAUGCUGAUGAAUGCCUUCCACCUCUGGAUAUGAGUCAGCAGCCUCCCACCCAAGAGUUGGUGGCUAAAGAUCUACAUGGGAUCGAUUGGCGUUUUAGACAUAUUUUUCGAGGUCAGCCUCGACGACAUUUGCUAACAACAGGAUGGAGUGUCUUUGUUAGUUCUAAAAGACUGGUGGCUGGAGAUGCUUUCAUAUUUUUAAGGGGUGGAAAUGGGGAAUUAAGGGUAGGGGUAAGACGUGUCAUGAGGCAGCAGAGCAAUAUGCCAUCAUCAGUCAUAUCGAGCCACAGUAUGCAUCUUGGCGUCAUUGCUACGGCAUCUCAUGCUGUUGCAACGCAUACCAUGUUUACUGUUUAUUACAAGCCAAGAACAAGCCAGUCUGAGUUUAUUAUUCCUUAUGAUAAAUAUAUGGAGGCCAUGAAUAGCAACCUUUCAGUUGGUAUGAGAUUUAAGAUGAGAUUUGAAGGGGAGGAGGCCCCAGAGCGAAGGUUUACUGGAACCAUAAUUGGGAUGGCGGAUAUUGAUCCACUCAGGUGGGCAACUUCAGACUGGAGGUCUCUCAAGGUGCAAUGGGACGAAACUUCUGCAGUUCCUCGGCCAGAGAGGGUCUCACCCUGGGAAAUAGAACCAUUUGUAGCACCUGCAGCAGUGAACCCUCAACCAGUGCCUACAAGAAAGCGUCCACGAACAAAUGUUUUGCCUCCAUCUGCAGACAUGUCAAUGCUUGGCUCUUGCAAAACUUCAGUGGACCCAUCAAUAGUACUCCGGUAUCCUCGAGGAUUGCAAUGCCAAGAUCCAAAGGCCUUGGGAGAGACGGAGGUUGAAAGCUCUCAGAAGUGGGGUGGUCCAAAACUGGGUGAUGGCCUGAUAGACAGUGGGAAUGCUGGCUCCCAGAAAUUGCCUGGAUCUCAAAACUGGAUGCCUUUACAUAAACAUGAAUCAACGUAUUCCGAAGCUUUUUACGGAUUUAAAGGUCCCAGCGAUGUGCCGUUUUCAAAUCAAAAUGUUGAAAAUAUGCAUCAUGGUAUUCCUUUGAGAAUGUUCCCGGGUCAUGAAAAUGGAACAUUGGACCCAUCUGCAAUAAAAUUGCAGUUAUCAACCACAUGGCCAAUUGCAUUUUCCAAUGAUUUACAGGGGUUGAGUGAGGCAGAUUUAAAACUUACUGGUACAUAUUUGAGUUCAUCUAACAAAUCUUGUGGAUCCGGGAUAUAUGAUGCCUUGAAUGGUGGCAACACACAUCAUUCUAAUUUUGGAGGUGGAGACUCUUCAGGGAGCUGGUUUAUGCCUUUAAUUCCUCCAUCACAAACAGAAGGUUCAGAAGAACCUAGCUCCGUGAAUGUAAGUAAAGGUAUAGCAGGAAAUAUACAACCCACUAAACUUGCAUCACAAUCUGGCCUUCCUAUCUGGGAAGUGUCAAAGGAUAAGAGAGGGGAACCUGUGAGCAAUUGCAAAUUGUUUGGUUUUCAGUUGAUUGACAAUACAGCAGUGGAUGAAAUAAACCCGUCAACCAUCACAGCUAUUGUGGAUGACAUGCAGACUGCGAAUGUCUCAACAGUAAAACAGACACAAUCUGUUGAGUCUGAUCAGGUAUCAGAGCCAACAAAAACUAAGUAUAAUAUGCCUACCAUAAGUUCCGAGCAAGACAAGUCUUUGCAGAAGUCAGUGAAAGAAACCCAAGCGAGAGCCCAAAGCAACACUACAAGGAGCUGUACAAAGGUACAUAAGCAGGGGAUUGCUCUUGGGAGAGCUGUGGAUCUGACAAAGUUUGAAGGUUAUGAUGAGCUAACCUGUGAGCUUGAACAUAUGUUCAAUAUUGAAGGAGAACUACAGGAUCCCAGCAAGGGUUGGCAGGUUGUUUAUACAGAUAAUGAGGGGGACAUGAUGCUUGUUGGUGAUGAUCCAUGGCAGGAGUUCUGUAGCAUUGUCCGCAAGAUUUUCAUCUACACAAAAGAAGAGGUUGAGAAGAUGACUCCUCGUAAAUUGCAUACCAAGCUUCAAGGGUGUUCUGAUGACGAACCACUUACCAGAGAAACAUCAAAAUAUUCAGAUCAUCAUGAAUCAACUGCACCUACCGCCAGCAGUGAGAAAAUUUGAUUGUUGACACCUCUAAAGGCUUGUCUUUGGAAUUUGUUCAACUGGACUAAAAAAGUGCAUGUUUUGAGUGGCUGUUUGUCAUUGGGGAUGGACAGGAGUACAGUUAUUAAAGGAAUUUGUAAGAAUGUCUGUUGUGUGCUUGUCUGGUCUUGUAACAUGCUUGGCCUGGUUUUAGAAAAGAUUCCCUGGCAUCGCAAAGCCUGUUAUCCUGCUAUAUGCAAUUUGAGGGUGUAGUUCCUGGCUGCCCAGUGCAAACUGUUGGUUUUGCUUUUGAGGGACUACUAUUCAAGUAGAGGAAUUUGUUCAAAUCCCAGUUUUGGAGCUUUUUUUGUGAAAUGAUGCAUAUGAUGCUUGCAAGGCCUUAUUUUGUAAAAAUGUUUACAUGGAAAGGGGGGAUAUCUGAGAACAAGCUGUACUCCUGUUUUGCUAUGAAGAAUACAGGCCAGGGUGUCAUGCACCAGAUGUUAAUCUAACUUGAACAACUUAUGGAAGCAAGGGAACUCUUAACCCCGAGUGUAUGAGAAGUGAAACCAGGCCAGUUUGAUACUCCCAAGUAUAUCCAGGGAGAUCUUCCUGUGGGUUAACAUGUGAGAUAGGUAAAGAGAUGAGCAAAGCUAAUAGCCAAUGCUAACUGUCUGACCGGAGCUUCUCAGUGACAAAUGGCUGUAAUAUUCUUCAUCUGUAAAUAAGUAAUGUAGUUGACUAAGAUUUGUCUAAACGAGAUUGUAUGAUCUUGUUCGAACAAUUGCCAUAACAAAAUGGACUUUUCACACAUUCUGUGUCUUUCGUGUUGAGAACUUAGAUAUUUGGUUUCUCAUUAAAACAGUUUGUAUUAUAUUGGAACAGACUGGAGCUGUUCAGCGCUGUACAGCACUGAACAGCUCCCUUUCAAUGGGAUUUGUACAUAUUUUAAUGCUUA